UGACUUAAAGGCUGAGACGUCGCGAGGGGCGUAUGUGUGUGUUCGUUCAACGGGCCUUCCUGGUUGGGGAGUCCGUCCCUCUUUUCUUUGUCCAGGCUGUGCUGCAGGACAGGGGAAGAGAGAAGAGAUUGCUAUUCACUGUCCGCUGUUUGAUGGAGCCUUUUUGCUAGCAGUAGCUGCUGCUGAUUGGCUGCUUUCUCUUCGAAAUAAAAGGGGCAGCGUCGAACAUGCUUUUUCAAAAGCUUUUAAAACUUUUUGUAUAGUGUGACUCUCAGAUGUGGGGAUGGCGAAAAGAGGCUGGGUGUGGUUAUUACUGUAGCCGUGGUGAAGGAGAGGCACGUGGCACAUCCCCUGUCCUGUUCUGUCCCAUGUAGCUAAAAGAACUGCAGCGGUUAAAACAUUAAGGCUGGGACUAAGCCUUGGCGUCUCUCGGCGCAGUGGGACGAGGCAGGUGGGGGGCGGUGGAGGAGGGGUUUCUGGGCCCGCCUCCGCUUUGCUGACGCCUGGGCUAGGGGGAAGCUAGGGGAGGGGGUGGCUCUCGGGGAAAGUGCUGGAGGGUCACUGUGGGAGCAGCUGCGCUCCAAGGAGCAGCCUUUCUGUCCGGACGACAGUGUGGAGCAGAGCGUCAAGCUAAGCGAAGCGACAUGGAUAUGGGCAGUAGGACAGGGAGAGAGGAAGAAAUCUGCUUGGUUAACAUGCACCUCACUUGUCAUCGUUUAGGGUGCUUUGAAUGCUGCAUCAAGUGCUUGGGGGGCAUUCCCUAUGCCUCAUUGAUUGCCACCAUCCUGCUGUAUGCUGGGGUCGCCCUCUUCUGCGGCUGUGGCCAUGAAGCACUAUCAGGAACUGUCAACAUCCUUCAAACCUACUUUGAGAUGGCAAGAACUGCUGGGGACACUAUUGAUGUCUUUACCAUGAUUGACAUCUUCAAAUAUGUGAUCUACGGGGUAGCAGCUGCCUUUUUUGUCUAUGGCAUUUUGCUGAUGGUGGAAGGAUUUUUUACAACUGGUGCCAUCAAGGAUCUCUACGGGGAUUUCAAAAUCACCACCUGCGGCAGAUGUGUCAGUGCCUGGUUUAUCAUGCUGACAUAUACCUUCAUGUUGGCCUGGUUGGGUGUUACAGCUUUCACCUGUCUGCCUGUUUACAUGUAUUUCAACCUGUGGACUAUUUGCAAAAACACCACCCUAGUGGAAGGUGCAAACCUCUGCUUAGACCUCCGUCAAUUUGGAAUUGUAACAAUUGGAGAAGAAAAGAAGAUUUGCACAAUGUCUGAAAAUUUUCUCAGGAUGUGUGAAUCUACUGAGCUGAAUAUGACAUUCCAUUUGUUUAUUGUGGCACUUGCUGGGGCUGGAGCAGCAGUCAUUGCUAUGGUUCACUAUCUUAUGGUACUGUCUGCCAACUGGGCCUAUGUGAAAGAUGCUUGCAGAAUGCAGAAGUAUGAGGAUAUUAAGUCAAAGGAAGAGCAAGAGCUCCACGACAUUCAUUCUACCCGCUCUAAAGAGCGACUCAAUGCAUAUACAUAAGAAAAAACCUUGUCUUACUUUCUACCAUUGAAUGCUUUGUUGUUUAACUAAAGGCCAUCCAUCUAUUCAUUUAAAAAAACAAAAUGAAAAGUGCUUCUCACAAAAGAUAGUUAGGGUGACUUGUACAUCACCCCUAUACAAUUCUUGGUUGUCCAGCACUUGGUUUCCUAAUUAGUUAAUAGCUUGUGUGAUCAGUCUCUACUACAAAGCUACAAUAGCCCUUUCCUGACCCCUAAAGUGAUUAUUUUCUGUUAGAUCAAGAAUACUAACUACUGUCAAAUAUGGAGAUGUUUGAUUUUUUUUUAAAGAAAUCACUUUGUAUGUGUUAUGCAUAACACUUUUUUGCAUUGUUUCUUAUAUGUUUUUGAAAAGGAAAAAUAGCUUUUUAUACUUUUUAGUUUGGAUUUUGGUAAGUACUUUAACUACAGGUAUACUUCAAAGGGACCACUGUACAUCACGUACAAUUUCUCGAGGAGGCACACUGCUGACAUUCCUUCAGAUUUGGAAAUCUUGCUAGGUGGACCAGUGAACAUCUUGACAGAAGGUCCUGAGAACAUUUUAAACAAUCAAAGGUGCAAUUUCUAAAUUUGUAAGAGUAGGUAAAAACAAAAAGAAGUGCUUCUUAUCUUUGUUCACAUUGUAUGAUCCUUCAUGUAGUUAAUGAAGUAUAAUCUCUUUUAAAGUUCUGUUGGUGGCUAUUCAUGUUUAGACUGUGAGCAUGCAGAUCGUGGUGCUUGUAAUGCAUGGCCAUUUAUCUUCAAGAGUAUAAUACCACGGUUACCUUUCAAGAGUUGCAGUGUAUUUACCAAUGUUACAUAGAGCUAUGCGUAGGCUUCUGCAGAAUGAUUGCUGUAAUUCCACAAUGGUUAUGCUGAACUGGAGCUGUUCAUUUGCUGAUGUGAGCAAUUGCUGCUUAGCUACAUUUAUGAAAGUGAUAUAUCUAUAAUACAGCAACCUUUAUGAGUCAGAAGUCUUUUUACCUGCUUAAAAAAAUUAAGUGGAUUGCACCUGUCUGAACUAUACAUAUACUGUAUGUGAUAUAUUUAAAGGAGGCUUCCAUAAAUGUAAUAGCUUGGCUUGUAGCUUUCCUACACACAUUCUGGUUUACCUGUAUAAUGUUAAAGUGGGGUUAAUGGCUGCUACUGGAGCUAUUGUUUGGAAGUGUUAGUAAUAUAUUUGAACCUUUAUUUUGAGUAAGAAAAUAUUAAGAGAAAAGUCAGUAAUGUUAAUCUGAAAGAAGUACCUGUAUUAAAAAACAAACAAAAAUAUAAAAAAGGGGGAAAUCAGUAUUAUUGGACCAAAAUUGGUGUUUUAAAUUUUUUUGCCUAUUUCUAAUGCUACAAGGAUGCUGUAGUGUCUUUUAAAGUGAUGUAUCCUGACAAGACAUUUUUGUCAGUGUUAAAAAAAAAAUCCUAGCUAGUUUUGUGCACUUAUUGGAUCAUUGUGAAUUCUCUCUCAGUGUAAGUGCAUUUCUAAUAAAAGUUAUUGAGUAAAACUCUUCUUUGUACUAUUACUAGUCAUGCAUCAUCAGUAAUUUUUAACAAUUCUUGUAGUAAGUAGAGGGUAAUACUAUAGUUACUUGUGGCAUGUUUAUGCAUCAAGUAGUAUUAGUUAAUUUUGAUUUUUUUUAAUUAUAAUUUUUUAAACUUUUUUUGUUUACACUUUACUGUCUUACGGGGUCAACAUUUUCUGAUAUGUGCAGUACCAGUAUUUACAGUUCUGCAGAAAGUAUUAUGAACCUCUUUUGAUUCUCUAUUGUAGUGUUUCAGUUUUGUGUCUUAAAACAGUGUGAUGAUUUUUAAAACAGUGUCUUUUAAACUCAUGUAAUGAUGUUGAUGCUUUCGGCUUUUCUCUGGUAGAGUUUGUAUUUUCACAAAGAAUGCUUUGUAGCAGGCAUUACAAUUAAUCUGUUUUGUACAUAAAUGUGCCAACAGCUUGAUGGUGGCGUUUUUGAAAUGUAGAAC